AUGUGGACGUCCGACGCCCCAAUCUUGGUAGUGGUCUUAAACAAGAUCCCGUCCUACAAGAAGAAGGCUGUCAACAACAGCACCAGGAGGAGGCUUGUCAUCUAUAACAUGAAGAAGUUAGGCAAGGAGAAGCUGCUGCCUGAGGGUGCCAUCGACAACAAGACGAUGCCCAGGUUCAUCUCCCUGUGCGCAGCAUGCGUUUAUUGGAACGUACACGUACUCUCACACAUCCAUGGCUAUCGCCAUGUUCACCAUUUUGACAACUGCAUCUAA